CUGAACCCCAAGGCCAACAGGGAGAAGAUGACCCAGAUCAUGUUUGAGACCUUCAACGUCCCCGCCAUGUAUGUGGCCAUCCAGGCUGUGCUGUCCCUGUACGCUUCCGGCCGUACCACUGGUAUUGUGCUGGAUGCUGGUGAUGGUGUGACCCACAAUGUCCCAGUCUAUGAGGGUUACGCCCUGCCCCACGCCAUCAUGCGUCUUGACCUGGCUGGUCGCGAUCUGACCGACUACCUGAUGAAGAUCCUGACUGAGCGUGGUUACUCCUUUGUGACCACUGCUGAGCGUGAGAUCGUGCGCGACAUCAAGGAGAAGCUGUGCUAUGUGGCUCUGGACUUCGAGAACGAGAUGGCCACCGCUGCCUCCUCUUCCUCCCUGGAGAAGAGCUACGAGCUUCCCGACGGUCAGGUCAUCACCAUCGGUAACGAGAGGUUCCGUUGCCCCGAGACCCUGUUCCAGCCUUCCUUCAUUGGUAUGGAGUCUGCUGGCAUUCAUGAGACUGCCUACAACAGCAUCAUGAAGUGCGACAUCGACAUCCGUAAGGAUCUGUACGCCAACAAUGUGCUCUCCGGCGGUACCACCAUGUACCCUGGUAUUGCUGACCGUAUGCAGAAGGAAAUCACUGCUCUGGCCCCCAGCACCAUGAAGAUCAAGAUCAUUGCUCCUCCUGAGAGGAAGUACUCCGUCUGGAUCGGUGGCUCUAUCCUGGCUUCCCUGUCCACCUUCCAGCAGAUGUGGAUCUCCAAGCAGGAGUACGACGAGGCUGGCCCCAGCAUUGUCCACAGGAAGUGCUUCUAAAUCCUCAACCUUCUCCAUCACCUUCUCCAUCACCGUCACCACCAACCAACCAAAGCUCAGCCAAGGAGGAGGAUCAACCUCUGCGCCACAACAACAGUCUGCUGUCAACGGACUGUCUGUCUGCGCUGUUGACAUUCACAUGCAACUUUGAUAAUUUUGAAAUCUGCAUAUUUUGUGGCUGUCUGUUGUCUGUGUUGCACGGAGACAAAGGCUGUGAAAACAACCACUGAACCAUGCAUCUACCAAAAAAACUUUAAUAAAAAAAUAACAAAGACAUGUUGCCCAACACAUGUGAAUGUAAGUGUAUAUACAUAUUCAUAAUUUAUUAAAGUCCAUUAUUUGGUA